AUGCAUGUUGGAUUAUCAAACAACUUUUAAGUCUCAGGUUCUAAACGUAAGAUUGUUAGUUUACAAUUCAAUGAUAAGGCAGUUGAGGAUUAUUAAAAAAUUAUGUCUGUAGGAAACCAAUCUGAUUUGAACAGUAAUGAUAAAUAUAAGUCCAGCUUAAUCUUUUGCAUAAUUAUACAAUCCAGGAGGAAAAAAAUAAUGGUUUUAAAGAGUGGAUCGUUUUAGUGUUUUGUAAGCUAUAAGAAAAGAAGAAGAUAAAUUAAGUGAUAAGGAUAUUAUGAGAUAAUUAUAAGAAUCACCAGAGCAAAAAAAGGAAGAUUAAAUACUGAAACCUUUGGUAGGAUCUCAAUCUGCUCGAAGUUACUUUUAACAUUAUAAAGUACUUAGUAAAGUGAAAUAAUAAAAUGAAUAUCAUAAAAUUAAUGAUUCAAUUCAAACUUAGAUGCUUAAAUAAGCAGAGUCAUUAGAUGUUUUGCCAUGUAAAUUAGGUCUCAUAAAAUAAAAUGGUAAUGAAUCAUAAAUAUCAAUUAAUAAUCAUCAUUAUGGUGAUAAAUAUAUUAGUGUGUUAUCUGAAGGGUUACGUUAAAAUUAAGGAGUAAAGGAAUUCUUGUUGAGCAAUAAUAGAAUAAAAUAAAAUGGUGCUGUAACGAUAUUGAGUUAAAUUGGAAAAUAAGCUACUGUUGUAGAUUUAUCUAAAAAUAAUAUCGGAUAGAUGGGUGUUGAUUGUCUUUGCCAAUAAUUACAAAUGAGAGAGAAUAAGUAAUCAUUCCAUUUAUAUAUAUAGGAUGGAAAUUAUUAAUGUAGAAGACAAUAAAUUAGGGGAUAAGUUUGUUAUUAAAAUUUUGAAAUGUUUACUAAAUACUUAAAACAAAGUGAAAGUACUAAAUAUUUCUAAAAACUUUCUUACUAAUGAGAUCUGUGAUUUGAUGAAGGAACUUAUUUUGCAAUUAGAUCUUUUGGAAGAAUUAUAUCUUCAUUGGGUAAAUAAAAUGAUUAUAUAUAUAUAUAGAAUUAAAUUAAAGGAUAAGGGGGACAAAAGCUGUUUGAAGCAUUGAUUGAAAAUAAAAAUAUGGUUGUAUUUGAUGGAAGUUGGAAUAGUUUUGGGAUAAGCGAAAAGUCUAAUUGUACAUAAAAGGUAUGUGACUUUUUAAGUCAAAAUAAAGUGAUGUUACAUUGUGAUUUAUCAGCUAAUCAAUUUACUUUAUAAGAUUGCAAAUUAAUAGCUAAUAGUUUGAAACCAAAUAGAACUAUGUAUGGAUUUCAUUUUGCAGGGAAUUGGGGAAUUGUAGAUCCAAGAGGAUUCUUAAUAAUUAAUGAUAAUGAUUAAUAAAAGGUCUUAGGAGAAACAUUAAGAAUUAAAGGUUUGGAAUAAGUAACAAAUUUGAGACAUGAAGAUGUUUGUUGGAUUUGUGAAGGAUGGUAAGAAUAAGUAUUUGAAUGGAUUCCAGAUGGAGAAUGUGAUCCAUUAUUUUUGCAUAUGAAUUUUGAAGAUUAUAAAUAAGUUUACAUUCCUAAAAGAAAUGAUGAUGCUUAUAAGUUAUCUUUAAUGAUUCCUACAGGAUAAACAGAAUUCUUAUUUACAGUAAUAGAUAAUCAAACAACUAGUUCAAAUUAUGAAAAUAUAAAAUUUGGGCAUGUCAUUAAAAUAAAAGUUAAUGGAAUAAAUGUGAGUUGUCAAUUAGAUAAUAUAAAUUUAGUUAAAAAAUAGAAGCAUUUUUAAUUGAUGGAUAAAAAAGAAAUGAAAGCAUUUACAUCAGUUCUUCCAAGAACUCCAGAUCCAAUUUAUAUUCCUCCAAAAUUAAAAAAAUAAAAAAGAAUUUGGUCUUUUCCAAUUUCAAUUUGGUUUAAAGAUUUUAGAUUUGAAAAUGAAGAAUUUCUACGUAAAUGUUUUGAAAAAGAUUGGAGUUGCAGUAAAAUAUCAAAAGUUGUUAAAAAUCCAGAUGAAUUUAAUGAAGUCAAAAAUUUAUUAUGGAAAGAUUAUAAAAUGAUAAAAGAAACAUAUAAAUGGUAUUCCUCUUAUAAUCCAACAGGUGAUGUUUGGUCAAUUUCAUCAAAUGUUAUUACAGAAUUUUCAUCUUAAACUGAAUUAGUUGAUAAUAAAACAUUUAAAUUAUCUGAUUUGGAUCUUAAAUUUAUUGCAACUUGUGCUGCAUCAAUUGAAUAUAAAGGAAACUAUAGAAAUCCAGAAAGAGCAUUGUGUAGAUAUUAAUUUAUGGAAUUUUUAGUAAGAGUAUCAGAUGAUAAAUAUUUAAAACAAAAAUAAGCAAAUAAUAUGGUUGAAUCAGUAUAAAUGAUUUUAGAUCAAUGCAGAUCAAUAAUGUAAUAGUACAAUGCUCAAAGAUGGAGAGAUGAAAGAUAUUUUAAUGAAUAAUGUGAUGAUUGUUUAAAAUAUUACAAACCACUAUUGAAUAAUGUCUAUCAUAGAUAUAGUAUAAAGAAAGUGAAACCAGGAUAGAAGAAUUUUAUGUGUUUAGAUGAAUUACAUGCAAUAUGUGGAUAAGCAGGAAUAUUCGAUGAAAAGUUCGUGGAUAGAGAUGCAGAUUUAGUAUUUAAAUAUCAUCAUAAUAGGCAUUUAAUUUAUCAAUGAUGUUAUAAAUAGAUGAAUUAGAAAGUGAUAGAAUCUUUCAAAUGACUCAAGUAGAAUUUAUGGAAGCAAUAGCUAGAAUUUCUGAAAAGGUUUCAUUACCAGCUGCUCCAGAUAUGAGUUGGGAAUAACGUUAAUAAUAACCUUUGCAUAUCAAAUUAGAAAGAUUCCUCAUUCUAUUAGCAUAAACAUGCGCAUCUGAAGAUUUAAAAUAAUAAUUUGGAAAUCCUCUAAAAAGUAUAUUUGAUGUUCAACCUGAUGAUGAUUGA